AGCCGCGUUGUAUGCCUGCGCAUUGCUUUCAGUUUGCGUCGUACCACCGCAGCGGACCACCGUCAAGAGGCGCAGGUGCAGUUUAACUCGCACACAUACAGGUAAAUUUAAUUACUAUUCCAUAUAUUAUAUAGUUAACUAUAAUUUUUUUAAAAUAAUAUGCCGUUCUAUUAAACGUUUUGAUUGUAUGUUUAUUUCGAUGUAUACAUAUAUUAUAUUAUACACGUACACAUUAUAUCGAGGUAGGUGCAUUUUGUGUAUUCGAUUAGGUACAUACACCUGUACCCGAGCCGUUGUCCGAUUAUUUUUUUAAUAAGUAUAGAUAAUUUCGACGCCGUUUUAAUCGCGUUAUUAUAUUGUACGUUUGUUUUUAUAUUAUAAAAACCAUUUUUAGAGUGGCUGUAACCGAAUGGUCUUGUCGCGCGAAGGCGAUUUGGACAAAGGUGGCCGCUAUAACCGCGAACGCAAGGCGGACCGCUCCGAGUUUUCCGCCAAGGCGUUAACAUUCAGCACGAUGGCCGUUCUUUGGUGCGCGUUUUUGUUAGUCGCCACUUCCAUCUUGCCGGCGUCCCGUAUGGUGGCCGGCAGCCAGCUGUACACCAACACGUUCUCGGUCAAGCUUCACGGCCCGGACGGCGCAAAUGGUCACGUAGACGAGGCGGUGGCCCAUCAAGUGGCCAAAAGGGCGGGCAUCGGUUUCCAAAACGUCGGAAAGGUAUACAUAACAAAAUAUAUUAAUUCAUACCUAUAAUAUUAGUGUAGCGUUUUGCGGUUGCGAGCGUUUUUCUUCGGCGGUAUAAAAAUUUAAAAAAUCCUUCAUUUAUAAUUUAAAAAUGAAAAAAAUAUGAUUCACUAAUAUACCUACGUAUAUAUAUACUGUAAUAUACGAUGGCAGUAACUAUUAGUUGUAUACGAGAGAGAGAUAGAGAGAUAGGGAGAGAGAGAGAGAGAGAGAGAGAGAUAAACCUCUCCGCGGGCUAGUGCCGAAUUAAUUUCGUUCAAGUUUUCCUCGCAUUCUUCCUGUAAACGUAUUUAUAUUAAACGGUAAUAGCCGCGGCGGUGACCGAGCAUCAGGUGUAUUUUUUAAAUUAAAUAUUGUGGUUGGGCGGGCGCUCGGAAUCUAUACGGUCGACGACGGUGCGUGUCAUAAUAAUAAUAAUAUAUCGACCGCGGCUGCUGGCGACCGUCGUUCGUGGGUGGAAAACGGGGUAGGUACAACAGCCGCCGCCGCCACUUCACCGCGGCCACCGCCGCUUUUUCAGUAAACUUUGUACAACGCGUAUACAGGGUGAUUUUUUUAUUUUCAUCACGAUCUAACGAUUUUCUCGUCGGGUUUUUAGUACAGUUUCAAUCGUUACGAAGUUGCUUAUGUUUUAUUUUAACGUUAUAAUUACUAUCAGACGUGUACCCCUAUAAACUCUUCUUACAUCUUAAACUAGUAUUAACUUUUAAAACUUUUGACUAUCAAAUGGCCGCACCCAUUCCCUCCAACAUUCCUGCCUCCCUGUUUUCUACGCGGAUUAAAAUAUAUAUAUAUAUUUAUAUAUUCCCAAAACAUUUCGAUUGGCGCAUAUAACACGGCUAACCUACUUACCGUUUUUAACAGUUUAAACUGGUAAUCCGAUAUUAGCUGUUUUAAGCGCAUAUAAUAUCAGCAUUCUUGGUCAAUAGUAUUCUCUUUAGGAAUCCAGUUUUAAAACGGGAAGAGAAAUAUAUUUGAAAAUCAAAAGUUCAUAUGUCCUUACGAUGUACGGUAUAAUGGUAGAACUGAGGACAUUUUGAAAAUCUUGUAAAUAUAAGAUCGUUAAGCGAGUCUAUUAAAACUGAAUUUUAAUCAAAAUCUGCGAACAUAAUCGCCGGAUCGUAAUAAACAAUGAACACCCUGUAUUGGUGGAGGUACGAAUCCGCGGGUGGCGGCGGUAACGGCCUUUGUACCCGAGGUGGACGAGCGGAGUUAAACGCCUCUCUGUUUCCCCAUAGAGUUCCGCUGACGUCAUCACCAGCAGCGUAAUUUAUAUUUCAUUUAAUUUCGGAGAACUUUCUUAUAUACUCACGUACCUAAUCAUAUUAUACAAACAUAUAUUCGUGUGUUAUACAUAGGAGAAAACGAAUAAAGUAUCAUAUUACACGGUUGAACAUAGCAAUAUAGGUAUAAUAAUAUUAUUUUAUUGUGCAAAAAUAUAACAAAAUUACCUGCUUCGAGAAAUAUUUAUACAGAGCGUAUACGGCAGUGACGGAUUGUUCUUUCGCACAGAUCAACUCAAUUUAGGACGUUCCAUACCUACCGUAUCAUCAUUUAUGGGAUAUUCGGAAACGUCGAUCCCCUAUAAAUUAUUCCAUAGUGUAUGAUUAGCGUUUAAGAAGAGAGUAGAUAAAUUAUUGAAAAUAAUAUUUUGGAACUGGGACUUAAGGUGGUAUACCUAAUACAAAAGUUAAGUUAGGUUAUCUGCUGUAGUGCUUGCAUGAAAAAUAAUUUAGAAGUGAGAGACAAAAGUGUAUAAAACAAAUAUGCGUAAUUUAAAAUUUAAUUAUCAUAUCUAUAAUGGGUAGGAUAUAUUAUGUUCAUAAUGUCUAUUCGAGCCAGUUAUAAGGUAGUAUGUGACACCUCCUCCCAAAACAUUUUUACUAUUGAGUCGGCAAUAAAACAAUAAUUUAGUUUUAAAUUUGACAAAACUAAUAUAUUAUUUUUUUUAAACAUUUCAUUACAUAUAUGAUUACUUUUUUAUUAUUAUCGUCAAAUUUAUUUUAAUUUACUUAUCAAUGAACAAAAUAUUGAAUUCACACAUUUUUUGAAAUCAGAAAAUUUUAUGUUUGGAGUCAGUAAAUUUUUAAUCACGUCCCUCUGUCGAUUUUUGUUAACACCCGAAAUGUGUCUAUUAUAAAAUAUUUGAAGAAGUAUGUUAAAAUAUGUUUAGAAAAUAAGAGGUAGGUACUCAGUUCCCCUAGUGUCCUCUUUUCACUAAUUCAACCACUGGUUAUUUGUAAAAACAUAAUAUUUAUAUAUUUUUCUUAAACAAUUAAUUAAGGCUGAACUUCUUAUCUACCCUCAUCUCUGGCCAUCUUUUAUAAAAUGAAAAAUAUAAACAAAAAACUUAACCUAAACUAUUUUUCCUUUUUACUUAUUUCAUACAUAUAUUAUUGGAUUUUUCAGUAUUAUAUUUCAUGAGAUAUGUAGGGUGGCUGUACCCGCAGUCAAGGUUUUAGGUUAUUGAUUGCGAUUGACGUUAGGAUGUGGUGGAAAUAUAAAUGACGUUGUUAUAUAUUUUAAUGGCUACUGGUAAAAGCUUUUAUAAAAUGACAGAGGGUUCAAUUCAUGUAAUAUAUAUAGUAUAUGGAUUGAGAAGGGAUUGACAUAAAUUGAUUGAAUGUUUGUCAUUAAAUAUUCUCUCGGGACCCUUCAUUUCUACAUUAUAUUAUUUAUAAAUAUUGUGAAAUAUUUUUUUUCUUCUAAUAAUUUUAAGAAUAUUAUUUUUUUUAAUGUUUGUGAAAAACGGUCUUUUAUUGAUAUUUUGGUGUGAUUUAAUAUGGAAUGUGCAUUCGAUGAGUACACACGAAUACAACAUUUUUCAAAUAAUAUUAUUAAUUUUAUAAUAAGAGAGGGGGGGGGGGGAUUUAAAUACCCCAAAAAAUUCCAAAAUCCGAUUUAUACCUAUAAACUAAAAUGAUAAAAUAUAGAAACUUAUAUCUCCACUAUUAAAUGAUGAAAUUUUGAAUGAUGUGAAAUGCAAAAUAAUUUAUUAUUAACAACUAAAAUGUCCACAAAAAUCAACUACCAUGUUAAAAAAUGUGCACCUAUGACCUAUAUGGCUAUAUAUAUAGGAUAUUGAUGGUUAGGUUAGGUAACCUGUUGUAGGUGAGAAGUUGGAAAGGUAGAGGGGAAAUUUAAUGUACAUCUAUAAGCAACGAUUAACCAUUGUUAACGAAAAACGAUUUUUAACGGAGUUCGGUUAAGUGUUGCUUUGUGAACAAUAUAUAUGCAAUAUUAUUGUUUUAAAAUAAUUACAUAUGUAUUAUAUAUUUUGUAUUUUAAUAAUAUUUGUUUAAUAUUGUACCUAUUUUCCUGUUUUUCCUAUACGGUUUUCCCAGGUUUUUCCAUUUAUUAUGAAGCUGAAAAAUCAAAAAAUAAUCUCCCUAUAGUACAAACCCAGUCAGAUUUCCUUUCAGAAAAAGUGCUAUAAUUGAAAAUUGAAGAAAAUUUGUUGGAAGAAAAGUUGUUCAAAGAUAAAAACAAAAAAUAAACCUCAUUGUAAAAUCAAUAUAUUCUUUGCUCCACUCAAAAUCUAAAAUGUAAAAAUAUCAGCCUACCCGUUCCUCCGCCCUAUAGGGUUUGACCACCACUGUUAUUGUCAAUAUGUAGGUAGUUAUUAUAUAUUUUAUUUGAUCGAUUUAUUCGCUGAAACGAAUUCAUUGAGUGUAUUAUAUUAUCGAAAUGACGCACGUGUAAGGUAUGAGUAUUAAGUAACAUAUGGAAGGGCGGAGGCGGACUGCCUAGAAAAUUCUUAAUAAACAUACAGAAUUUCUUACGAUGAUCCGCCAUUUAAAAUAAUUGUUUAAUUAAAUAAUUCUAUUAAACAAUUUUAGUUGGGGAAACAUAAAAUAAAAAAGCCGGACAACUUCACACGAUGGGUAGGUCACUUUUGUAGGUGGGAAGUUGAGAAGGUAAGAUAUAGACGGAAAUUUAAUGUAUAUUUGUAAGCAAAGAUUAACCAUUGCUUACGAAAAAAAACGAUUCUGAGUGGAGUUCAGUUGAUAGUGUUGUUUUGUCAACAAUAUAUAUGUCAUAUUAUAGUAAAAUAACUACAUGUGCAUUAAACAUUUUCUUUAAUAAUAUUUGUUUAAUAUUGUACCUAUUUUCUUGUUCUUCCGGUUUUCUUAUAUUUUUUCCCAUAUAUUGAGAACACUUUUAAAAAAAUCGAAAAAUAACUCUUUUAAAGUACUAUCCCAGUCAGAUAUACUUUCAGAAAAAGUGCUACGUUUGUAAACUACAGCUAAAUUGCUGGUAGAAAAGUUGUCCAUAGAAAAAAAAUAAAAAAAUAAACAUCAUUGUAAAACCAAUACAUUCCUUGCUUCACUCAGAAUCUAAAAAAUAUUUUAAAAAUAUUAAAUUGAACAAAAGUUAUUUCAAGUAGCAGAUCACCGAAUAGCUAUAUUAACAUCCCUUCCAUAGUAUCUACCAUACACAUUUUCUUUUAAGAGUGGGUAAAUAUUUUAGCUAAAAUACUUAAUAUAUGUGUAUUACUGUAUAAUGUCAAUGACCAAUGGCAUAUCCAAGAUUUUUUAAUGGCUGGGAUGGACUUAGCUAAACAAAUAUUUAACUAAGAAAAAAAAUGUUUUAUAGAAUACAUUAUUUGUACUAUGUUAAAUAAAUAUUGGAAAUGUGCAUUGAUUAUUAUUUUAUUAGUAACUUGCUGAUUUACUCGGUAUUUCCCGGGAUCAUGCUUAUAAGGUGUAAAACUAUAGGGUAUACCGUACACGCUCAUUUAUGAAUUUGAGCAACAAAUAUUCUAAUUUUAUAAGCACGAAACUAAUCAGAUUUAAUCAUUUAAAAAGCCAAUUGCUUUUCGUCUUUUAUGUAUAAAAUAUGAUACAAAUAUUAUUAUUAGUAGUAGCUCAAAAUUGAUUACCGUUAUUAUUUGGAAUCAGUAUAGUUUUAGCGAUUAUUUAGUCGAAACUUAAUACUAUAUUAUUAUUAUUAACUGACGUCAUGAAUUCCUAAUAUAUUUUCGUUUAUUCUACAAUAAUUAUCUCCUUAGUCCUUUAGCAAACUUGCUUGAGUAAUUUGUGUUAUGGAUUGAAUUAAAUAUUUAACCGGAUUAUGAAGCGUGUUGUAUGUAUUUUAAUUAUCAUCAUUCAUCAUCAUGUUAUUGUCAGUACAUACGUUUAUAUGUAUUCUGACGAUUACCUACAUAAUAUUAUUAUAUUAAGUUUGUAUAUUAUAUUUGUUUACUCAGUAAAAUUAAAAGAAAAGCAGCAUAUAAACUUCGCACUAGAGAGUACAUUUUAUUAAUUUUACUAUUGCAAAUCAAUAAGCGUGCCUGAGCGUGAGAGAAACAGGAACAUCGGUUAUAUAAUAUUACCUCAGCCCGGAGGCUAAAAUAUAUACUUUUUCGUACUGCACACUUCAUAUCUUACCAUACUAUAUCAUAGAUAUCAUCAACCCCUUUCCCCACUAUGAAAUCGUUAUGUAUAUAUAUAUAUAUAUAUAUGAUUAAUAUUCUUUUUAAAAAUUAACUUAAAACAGUUUUAUAAAUAUAUAACUAAUACAAUCUACUCAUCAUGAAUAUAAUAAAUAUUAAUUACACACAUGAUCAUAUUUGAUUUUUUAAUUUAAUAGCAUAUUUCCUAUGAAUUAAACAUCGAUAAUAAAAGUUUAUAUAAUAGAUUCUGUGCCUUAAUUAUCUUUGAAAUAAUAUGUAAUUACUGUCAAUAUUUUACGAGUUAACUUGAUGUUAUUUAAAAUUUUAAUAAAAAUAUAUUUUCGAAUAUUUUUUUCUCAAAUAAUAAUUAUUAAAAGUGCAAAACAUGUAAAAUUAAAAACGAAUAUAAAUAAAUAUCAUAAUAUAGCCGCUACACACUUUAGGAGUAUAGCGAGGGAUCUAAUUGUUUUACUAAAAUAUAAAAUACAAACAAAAUAAAACACAUAUUUUGUUUGUAUUUUAUAUUUUUUUUGUCUGUGAACAACUUUUCUACCAGAAAUCUUGCUCCAAAGUAUCCAGUGUAGCACAUUUUCUGAAAGGAAAUUUUCUGUUGUUGGUGCAUUAAGGAGGUCUAAAGAAGGUCGAUUUUCUAAGGGAUUUUCAAAAUAAUAAGGAAAAACUUGAAAGAAAAUUAUAAGUAAAAUGGUAAAUAUUUACGGUGCGCCGCCGCGGCGUUAUUGAAUUCAUUAUUUUAAAUUUCUAUACAUAUAAUGAUCAUCGAAAAAUAACAGGAGUUCGAUUUUGUUCUUUUUAAUAUAUAGCCAUUGUCAAUGAAUAGCUGUUCUUCAAUUUCUUAAAUAUUUUUCAUAAUUUUUGAGAAAAACCAAAAAAGACGAAAAAUACGAUCUUUUGUCAUCUGGAAUGACAAGUACGUACAACUAUUUAUCUACGACAAUACUAUUGACAUUUGACAAUAUACUGAGUUAUUUAACAUAUAAAUACAUAUAAUAUCAGAACUUCAAAAAGUUAUAAUUGCGAAACUAAUUCAGUCCAUUUAAUUCUGACUCAUUAUCGUUCUUAAUGUUCAAAACAAAAUUGAAAAGUUUUCAUAGAUCGUAACUAGUUUUGUUUCUCAUAAUUUUUUACUUAAACGAUUUUCAUCAAAAUUUGAAAUUAAAAUUCCUUUAUAAAAAAAAAUAUUACAUUAAGCCCAAAUUUGUCUUUUUUGACCACAAAGUAUAACUUUUAAUGAACCUCCUGUUAAAUUUGCAAACAUUUCUGUUAAGUCUAAAAAUUCUAUUUACAGAGUACCUGCUGAAUAAAAAUUACGUAUAAAACUCUCAAAAUUAAACUGUCUUUAAAUAGCUUAAAAAGGGCUAAAAUGUUUUAAAAAUUUCACCAUGUCUAUAAUAGGCAAAAACAAGUUUUGUGUCCAAAUUUCAACUGAAUUGUAAUAAAUAACAAAAUUAAAAAUAAUACAAGCAUUAUUUUCAUAUAUUUUCUCAUUUUUCUUAUGUUUCAUUCCAGGUUUUCCCAAAUAUUAUGAAAACCUCCUGGAAUAUCAAAAAAUGAGCUUUUUAUAGUACCAUUAAAAAAAAAUUAACUUUUAGAAAAAAAGCCACACGUACACACAGACGUGUGCAGUCCUUUGUGGCAGGGUUAGCCAAGCCAAUUUUGAAUUUGUAUCAAGGGCGUAUUUGAGGAGGGAAGGAAAAGUCAUUAGUCCCCAAAGGUAAUUAAGUAUUCAUGAAUUAAUAAUUCAUGAACAUAAAAUUCAAACGAGCCAUAUGUUUUUAGAAGGGUAGGGAAAAAAAUGAUUAUACAAAAAUUCCAUAUAAACGCAUUAAUUUUGUUCCUUAUAAUAAAUCUAAAAUAAUUAUAAAAAUUACAAAAAAAUAAUUAUAUUUACAGUUAAUUAUAAAUUAUAAUAAUUUAAUCAUAUUAAAAUUUACAAAUGUAUAACUCCAUUCUUCUAUCUUUUGAAGUUAAAAUUUUAAACUGCUCAAUCACCUCAUCAAUAUUGGAGUUAUAAGCUAAUUUUUGCUCAAUGAACAUUUUUAACAGACCAUCAAAAUGUUCUUGUGUUAUCAAACUACAUACAUUUGUUUUUAUUAUGCUUAGAUUGUAUGACAACAAAUAUUUUCAGUAUUUUGAAAAAAUUAAUAAAUAUAUUUUCUCUUCCACAACUAGGUUCUUAUAACCAUUUAAUAAAUUUAUCAAUAUUAACAUUUUAAUCCUUUUGUAAAUUUUCAAAAAGUUUCUGGGUAAAAAGGUAAAGUUUCUGUUUUAAGUACUUUACUGUCGAUAUUAAAUGAUUCCUUUAACAAGUUAAUAUUUGUAUAACUAAUUUGAAGACUUAAUAACAUAGCGACAUUUUUUAUCAUUUGAGUGGUUUCUUGAUUAAACCUAAUAUUUAAAGCAACAAUCAUAUUGUCUAAAGUAGUAUAACAAACUUGUCUCAUUUCAUCUUCUUUUGUGUUAAAGUUGUUUUGUGUUUGACUUAAGCUAUCUAUUUUUUUUAGAAAUUUUUCUUUGUCUAGUUACUGAAAUUUCAAUUUUAUUAUCAUCACACAAUUUGGCAGAAUCGUUAAAAAAAUUCUCAAAAUAUGAACUGUUGUUUCUUAUUGAAUUGAGUGAUUUUUUAAGAUUUCAACAAGUUACAUUGCCAUUAAAAAUAUAUAUUAAGUGAUUGUAAUUAUGAACUGGUUUUCAAUAUUAAAGUAAGGAUGGGGUCAAGCAUUUCCAGGGAAAUAUAAAUUAAAAACUUUUUAUAUGAGUAAGUUUACCUGAACCCUUUGCUCGUAUAUCUGCUUGAUUAGUAAAAUUAAUUAUUUUAUCAAUAGAAAUGAGAAGAGAAGAGUAGUUAAAUUCCAUGGAACUUACAGCUUCAAAGCGACCGGCCCAUCUAGUAGUUGAUAUUGAUUUUAAAGUUUUAAGCUUUACAUUUGUGAAAUUGACUAUUUUUUCAUAAACUGCAUGGCGUACACAACUUCCUUCAACAAAGUUACAAAGUAACAAGUAAGAAAUGUCACUCUGUGAUACAGGUUGACUCGCAGGAGGGGCCAUGGGUCCACCUGCGCCCUCCGUGCGUACGCCUAUGCACGUACAUAUCGGAGCAAGGUUUCUGGUUACAGAAUUUUUGUUAUAGUAAUAAAAAAAAAAAUUAUAAUGAAAAAAUAAACGUCAUUGUAAAACCAAUACAUUCUUUGCCACACUGAGAAUCUAAAAUGUAUUAUAUUAUAUCAACAUUUAUUGCAUAAAUGUAGGUAUUAAACGGGAACCAAUUCGGUUCACCUUCAUAAAAUACCUUUUUGAAACGAGAAUCAAUUUGGCAUGUGUGAUAUGAACUCGGGAACCGAUUAGAAUAUAUCCAAAUUAAUAUGCCUAUUCAAUUUUAUCUUUAAUCAUUAUCUUCCGGAACACACCUCAAUAACAAUUUUUUAACAUUGCUUUAGAAUUUGAUUUCUGGACGUGUUUAAUAUUCACUUGUAAUAAAUUCUUAAUUAUGCCACGCAGAUUAAAAUUGUAAUUGUAUAGUUUUUAAACUAUGGUGGUAAUCGUUUGUUAACACUUAACAAUCUAAAAUGUUUAACCCCGAUACGCUUAUUAUUUUAUUAUACCUUUGAGUAUUAUAAGUGAUAAUACAAAUAACAAAUAUAUUUUAUUAUAUUACUAUAUUAAAUACUUAAUAUUUUAUUUUAGAUCCGUGGUACCAAAGAUGAAUUCCAAUUUGUGCAUCAUGGGUUACCAAAAAUACGUGGACGCCGAUCCAUACCGUCAGUUUUACUUUUGAAGAAAGACCCGUCUGUAAGUGAUGUAUUUUCACAGUAUAUACUAAUUAAUAUUUUAUUUACCUAUAGGUUUUUAUUUGUUUUCGAGGCUUCUUUUGCAAUCUGUCUUUUAACAAAAUGUAGUGUGCACGUACACAUACAUACGCUAUACAUUUAAAUAAUAUUUUGUAGGUGAAGUCUGUUCAUCAACAACCAGGGUUUAAGAGAGUGAAACGUGGAUACAAGCCUUUAAUGCCGUCGAUGUACUCGUAUUUGAGUAGACACGAAUUCUUAGCAAAUAAAUUUAACAGUUAUUUUGACAAAGCGGUUGAAAUCGACGAAGACCAAGAACGUUAUGGUCAAUUACCAAAGGAUCCGUUGUUCAAGGAACAGUGGUAUCUAAGGAAUACAGGACAAAACGGCGGUAAACCGAAGUUGGAUUUGAAUGUACGAGCAGCUUGGGCACAAGGAGUAUCGGGUAAAAACGUAACUACUGCCAUAAUGGACGACGGUAAGAAGAUAUUCAACUAUCUAAGCUAUUCAAUUUAAAAAGCUAUAAUAUUUUAAAAUUAACCCUAGUAUUUAAGUAAUAAAUACAAUUAUUCAUGUUACUAAAGUUAAGUUCGGUCGCAUUUAAGUCCCCCCCCUCAAUAAUAUGAAUGAGAAUAGGUACUUAAUAUUUUCAUAUCACAGUAAGAUGACGAUUAUAUUUUAUAUUGUUGGAUUAUUUGCAUCCUAAAACGAAUAAACAAUAAUUUAAAAUCAAAACAGGGGACUUUAGAGACCCAUGUUUUUGUAAAAAAAAAAAUUUCGAAUACAAAUCUCAAAAACAAAAUUGCAAACAACUAUGGACCAUUCUAAUAUCAUAGACUUAUAUUCACAUUGCAACUGUUGCAUACAAAAGUUUAAAAAUAACUGUUUAGUUUAUUUAUUUCUCAUUUUUAUUUUUUUUUUCAUGUACUUACCUACAGGAGUGGAUUAUACACACGAAGACUUGAAAUAUAAUUACGUGAGGAUAAUUCUUAAAUUAUACAAAUAUCUAUAGUGUAUAUUUAAUUACAUGUAUGCAAUAAAUAAUAUUACAAUUAUGUAGAAAAAUAUUCAAAUUAUGAUUUUGUAUACCUAGACUCGAUUGGUACAGUGUUAUAUAAAUUGAAAAAUGACACUUUUAUAUGAACUCGCUAUAUGGCGUGUUAACUAUGUUUUAGAGGAGCCACGGUUUUAUCAAAAUUUAGGUGGGUGGGUAAGACAAAACUGAUAAUUAUCGGAUAUAUUUUUUAAUAGUGUGAAUACCUACUUGAAAACUAAUUAAACAUUUUAUAAACAUAAAGUUUAAUGAAAAGGGAUAUUUUAAUAUAUCAUAAUAAUUUACGUAUAUUAUACCUAUUUACAAAUGUUGGUAUAAUUUAGUAUGGAUAUUCAAAUAAACUUAAUGGCGUAGGUGGUAAACAAAAAAAACCCUGACUCUUUAUAAUAAAAUAUAUAGUUCAACACGCCACCGUGAUGAACUAUUAUAAAAUGGAUACCUACUUAAUCGUUUAUAGAACGCGAGAGCCAGUUACGAUUUUAGCUCAAACGAUCCGUACCCGUAUCCGAGGUAUACAGACGAUUGGUUUAACAGUCACGGAACACGAUGUGCUGGGGAAGUGUCAGCAGCACGCGAUAACGGUGUUUGUGGUACUGGUGUGGCGUACGAUUCCAAAAUCGCCGGUAAAGUGUUUAGACAUCUUCUGUAAAUAUAUAAAUUGUAUAAAAUAAUACAAGUUAUGUAUAUUUUUUAAAUGAAAAAACAGCGGUGACUUGCAAGAUGAGGCAAGUUAGGUGCUGUCCCAAUUUACGGUUUUCAACCUUUGUGUGUUGGUGACCCAAAAUAUUUUCCCGAUUUUCGUGCGAUCUUUUUCUGAAAACAAUUUUCAAUGGGGGGCUCCUUAUGCUAACCAGCUCGCUUAAUUUUUUAAUUACCGUAAUUAAAAGAAACUAUUACCUUUUCUCUAUUUUUAAAGUAAUAUAAACGAAGUUUACAAUAUUGACAAUUGAUAUUAAAACAAAUGCCGGUAGCGGAUCAACAACUUGUCAAAUUCAAUUGUUUCCGUGAAUGUCAACCAAUAAAGUAUAUUAUUUAUAACAUUGAAAAACUUAAGCCCAAACUUAUACAUUUAUACUCGUUUGUUAAGAAAAAAAAUAUAUAAUGUUACAUUAAUUAUUUUUAAAACUAUUUUAUAAAGAUAGUCUAAAAUGAAAAUAUAAUGUGAUUAAGGUUUUAAGUUGUUGGUAACCUACUAAAAAUUAUUCAUAACCCAAAUUUGGGUCGUGAAGUAUGAUUAAAAAUCGUUGAUAUACACAAUUUAAUUAUAAUAAAAUAUACCACCCCUUACAGUAUUAAAAUAAAUAUCGUUCAAAAUAUAACUAUAGUAUUGGUCAUUUUUAGAUUACUAUAUAAAUACAAAAUAAUAAUAACAUACUUGGUUAACUAGAUUAAAAAUUCAACAAAUAAGAAUUCUUAUUGUUUUUCUAAUGUAGCAAUAUUUCUAGUAAAAAGCAUAAGCCGUACAAAUUUAAAAUAAAGGAAUCGCGAAGCCAUACAUUUAUCAGCCGUUAAUUUUUUGUACUUUUUAGUUUUUUCCAAUAAUUAUGAAAAUUACUUAAAUAAUCGAAAAAUGGUUUCCCUUAUCAGUAAUUAAAUCUAAAAUGAAAAAGGUCCCUUGUCAUUUUUUGAUUGAAGCAAGAUUUCUAGUAGAAAUAUAAAUUAAAAAAAAAAAAAAACGAACCUACUUCACAUGAUGGGUGGGCCACUGAGAAGUUGGGAAUGUGGAAGGAAAAUUUAAUGUAUAUUUGUACGUAAAAAUUAACCAUUUCCAUCGAUUUUAAGAAAUAUUUCUAAGCAGAGUUCGAUUAUACAUGUUUUAAAAGGCCGUAAUACUUACGAUUUGAAUGUAUAAUAUAUUUAGUAAAUUUUCCAGUUUUACCUACGUUUAUUCCUAUUUAUUAGGAAAACCCCAGGGAAAAUCAAAAAAAUUACUUCUUUAAUUAAAGUAACACCUAUGUCAAAUUUCCUUUCAGAAGAAAUGCUAAACUUGAAAAUUGGAGAAAAGUGUCUGUUAUAAAUGUUGUUCGAAAAAAAAAAUAAACAUUAUUGUAAAACCAACACAUUUCUUGCUUCGUUUAGAAUCUAAAAUGUAUAAUCAUGAAAUUAUUACGUCGUAAAUUAUUGUCCUUUUAUCGGACAAAAAUUAUUGUUAUUUAUGUUAUAAUCGGAGCAAGUAUUCUGGUCGAAGACUGGUUUACGGGGAAAAAAGGCACAGUCAUCAAAGUAAAAGUUUAAAAUUAUAAUGCAUUUCUUGUUUUACUCAAAAUCUAAUAAUAUAUACUUAAAUAAGGAAUUAUACACAUCUUAUAGCUUGAGCGUAAUGUAAUAGAAAUUGACAUUUAUUGUUUAUUUUAUUACUCAAGUUUUUAAAGCUCAAAUUUUAAUAAAAUUCGUAAAAAUCACGACAUUCAAAUAAAAUAUUUUUAACCGAACUUCUCUCAUAAUCGUUUUUCGUUAGCAACGAUUUAUUGUUGUGUACAAAUAUAAAUAAAUUACUCUAUAACUUUAUAUGAAUAUUAAUUAAUGAGUCUGAUGCUAUAACAGACGAACUACGCAUUCUUAAAAGUUCCAACAUCCUGCCUACAACAGUGACAUAUUUAUUUAUUACACUUUCUAUUAUAAUUUAAUUUCGGCACACCCAUCAGCAGUAACAGCUCUUAUUAGUUUUUUUUACUGUCUGAUAACAAAUUUUCUACCAGGAAUCUUAUACUGCGAUUAUCCUCUAUUAGAGGUGGUUUCUAGUAGCAAAUUUUGUCUAGGUGGUGCAUUAAUGAGGCUAUUUUCUUUUAUUUUCCUUGUAGUUUUCGUAAUAAUUGGGAAAAACCAGGAACACAUUUCGAAAAACGGAAUAAUAUACAUAAUAACGGUUUCUGUUAUUCUUGAUUUUUUUUUUAGAUCCUUAUGGCAAAACUCUUAAUUUUAUUAAAAUGACUGUUUUUUUUUUCAGAAAACAGUUUUUUGGUUAAUUAAAAAAUGCUCCAAUUUUCCUUUGUCAUACGUUAAAAUUAUGAAUUUAAAAUUCCUAAAACUUUUUAUGAUUUUUUCACACUAUUUUAUCAAUCGUAGGUAUCCGAAUGCUCGACCAACCAUAUAUGACAGAUCUUAUCGAAGCGAACAGUAUGGGCCACGAACCUGAUUUGAUCGACAUUUACAGCGCUUCUUGGGGACCCACGGACGAUGGACGAACCGUGGAUGGUCCACGUAACGCCACAAUGCGAGCUAUUGUCCGCGGUGUCAACGAAGUAUGUAAUAAACUAAAAUACAUACUUAAAUUUAAAAAAAACGGGAACUUUUGAAAGUUUUUAUAAUUAAUUUUUGAAGUGAUCUGAAUAUAUUUAGUAUAGAUAGUAAACGUGGUUUUAAUAUUUAAGGGUCGUCGCGGUAAAGGAAACAUUUACGUGUGGGCGAGUGGUGACGGGGGAGAAGCUGACGAUUGUAAUUGCGAUGGAUACGCUGCUAGUAUGUGGACGAUAUCGAUAAAUUCGGCUAUAAACGACGGACAGAACGCGCAUUAUGAUGAGAGUUGUUCGAGCACGUUAGCAUCGACUUUCAGCAACGGGGCCAAGGAUCCCAAUACUGGAGUGGUGAGUAUAGUACUACAACAUUAUUAUAGGGGUUACGUGUAAAAACCCUCGCAUUGGAUAUAGUACUCACUUUAAAUAUAGUAAUUCAGAAAAUUGUUUUACUGUAGUUUGUAAUAGGAUUUGCUCGUUGAAAAAUUCGUGCGAGUUAUAAAUUUAGUCAUGCAAAUUCGUGCUAAUUACGUGCUAAAAAAAGUCAGAUUUUUUAAUAAACCAGACGGGUGCAACGUACGUAUAUAUUUAAUCUCUGCAAAAAAAGCAGCCAAUUAUUAAAUAAUAAUAUUUUAUAUAAUCCUGUGUCCUAAAGAAUCCCAACACAAAUACAUCUGUUGGUGUGUUCGUGGCCAGGUGGCCAUUUCUAAGCUGACAUUAAAUAAACUGUAAAAAUAAAUCGGAUGUACAUUCAAUGCUAUACAAAUUAUGUAUGUUUGUUCGAUAGGAUUAUCGAACAGACAUAUUAUAAGUAAAUGAUAAUAGGUAAUUUUUUUAUAGACUAUAAAAUGUAUUCAAAGAUAAGAAUAUCAGGUUAUUUUCGAAUAAUUUUUAUUUGAAGAAAAAAAAUUGUUUCAAAAGAAUAAAAUCAACUUAAUUACUAUGAUAAUAUUAUUAACUUUAAUUAAUUUAAUUUGCUUAUACCUUCAAUUUUCUGGUUAGGUAGGUUUAAUAAUGUUAUAUAAUAGCGAAUUAACAACGAAUAAACCAACUAAGCAAAUUAAAUACAUAAUUUAAUAAUGAUUGAAAUGUAAAUAACUUGAGAAUUUGUUUUUUUCAGGCAACUACUGAUUUAUACGGAAAAUGUACCAAGUCACACAGCGGCACAUCAGCUGCUGCACCUGAAGCUGCCGGCGUGUUUGCUCUAGCUCUAGAAGCAAAGUAUGCUAUACAUGACUUUUUUCAACUGUAUAUUGUAAUAUAUAAUAUGCACCUGAAUCUAAAUCUAUAAAUAAUAAUAACCACGAAAGUUUUGCAUUAUUAUGUAUUUAAAAUUUAAUAGUUUCUGUAUUUUACUUAUUUAUUGUUUUAUUACAAUAUCGUGGUACAAUAUUUAGAUACAAUUGAGUAUUUGACGCAAGUAUCUUCUCCUUCGCCAUUAUCCUUACUAUUUGUUAUACACACGUAUAAUAAUAUUAUUUAUAUUUUUAUUUACUUACGUUUAACAGUCCCGAUUUGACAUGGAGAGAUAUACAACAUUUAACCGUAUUGACUUCUAAACGAAAUUCUUUGUUCGACGCAAAACAUCGAUUCCAGUGGACUAUGAACGGUGUGGGUUUAGAAUUUAAUCAUUUGUUUGGAUUUGGUGUUCUUGACGCCGGUGGUAUGGUCUCCCUGGCUAAACAGUGGCAUUCUGUACCCGCUAGAUAUCAUUGUCAAGGAGGUUCUCAUACAAAAAUUAGGUAAACAAUCAAUAUGUGUUAUAUUUAUAUGUAAUAUGUAAUUAGUUAUUUUCGCAAUACAAAAUAAUAUACUAUAUUAUACUAAAUAAUAGUUAUUCAUAAAAAAAUUAAUUUUUAAUCGCGUUGUACAAUUAUUAUUUUUUUUUAGUGACGUAGCCAGAAAAAAUCAGAGGGGGGAGAUUUAUUAUGUAAAAAUUAAAUUAUAUAUAAAUUAAUAAUAUUUAGUAUUUGCAAAAUAUUAAAAAAUCAUAUUUUAUGGUACAGUAAACUUCAUUUAAUUAUCUAGUAAAUUAUAUCUAACAAUACUAACAAUAUGUAAUUUCUAAACACUUAUAACCAUUUACUCACCUUCACCUAGCUACGCCACUGAUUUAUGUUUAUCAAAUUAUUAUAGCUGAUAGAUUAAAGUGACAAAUGCUAUUAUCUUUUUUAAUAUUUUCAUUACAGAAAAUUCACCAAUAAGUCUGGAAUUAUAUUGAAAUUGAACACUGACGCUUGCAAAGGCACCGAUACACAUGUCAAAUACUUGGAACAUGUUCAAGCGGUAAUUACUCUGAAUUCUACUCGGCGAGGUGAUGUUGAACUCUUUUUGAUAUCUCCGAUGGGUACAAGGUAGAUUAUUCUAAAAUACAAUUUCUAAAAAUAUCAAAUCUUAUAUCAUAUCCUAAUCAUUAAAAAGUAAUCGAAAAUUUGGGAACCGUUGAAUAUGAUAAUGAUACUAAACAAUGAAUCAUUUGAAUAUGUUUUCAGAUCGAUGAUAUUAAGUAGAAGACCUAAUGACGAUGAUAGAAGGGACGGAUUUACUAAGUGGCCGUUUAUGACAACGCAUACGUGGGGUGAAUAUCCGUGGGGCGAAUGGACACUGGAGGUAUAUAAAUGAUACAUAAUUUUUCAAUUUUCAAAAUAUUUCACCAUUAUAAUAUAGAAAUGUUAAGUUACAUUUCUCGUAAGUUUUCUUCUUCUCUCUCGCUCUUGCCCUUUAUCUAAAUGUGACGCCAGUUCUUAGUUUGACUCGGUCUCUCACGUUAACUGUACAUACCUCAGCAGUUAUCGUAUCACUCUUAAUCGUGUAUAAUCAACCUCUCACACAUACACAUAACAUGUCAAUAACAUGUCCAUACAAUUUCCAUCUGUUUCUAUCUCUAACACAUUAUUCUUAAUUUAUAUUUUAUAUUUUCUUCGUUAAAUACUGUUCAACUAACUAAACACAUUCGAGUGAAACUCCUUGAUCUCCUUUUUCCUUUAUCUGUUUAGUCUCCGUACUCUGAUUCUCUUCUACGUUAUAGGUAAAGUUCAAUACACCGUCUUUUGAUCGAUACACAAAGCAAUUCGGGAAAUCACCGAACGCCGGAUCCACAGCGGCCAGAGUGCGUUCCGCGUGGGCCGAUGCCGCAUCGUCUAGGGGCCGUUACGGAAACGUGGAUAUUGACCGGGCAGAAGAGGCCAUGAUGCACACGGGCUUCCUAAAAGAAUGGACUUUGAUGUUGCAUGGUACGCGGGACCCACCGUACAGUGAAUUGGCCGUACUCGAUCCGCAUUCGAAAUUGGCGAUCGUCAAGAAAGCGCACACCAUAGCCGGGCCGGACACCACCGUGACCAUGCAGCAACAAAGCGCAUAUUAAACCCCGUUGAAAAAGCAAAAUUAUAAAAAUAUAUAAUAAUAUUAUAAACACCAAUUAUUAAGUAUAUCUUUACCUAUUUAAUAUUCGCGAUAUAGUUAUACGAAGUUAUCGACAUCCACUAUAAAUUAUAAUAAUCAAUUAUAAUAUUAUAUAGAUAUCCAACAAUAAUUAUUAUAAUAUUAUAUAGUCACUAUAAUUAAUUAAUUAAUUCAUAAUACUGUCGAUGUCACACGACUUGGACGAAUUUAAUACCUAUUAUCUAUCUCUAUACGAAUAUAAUCAUACUAUUUUACUCGACAUAAUCAAAUAUUAUUAUAUUAUAUAGAUAUUAUAUAUAUACGAUUUACCUAUUGUAAUAGUUUAACAAUAUUAAAUUAUUGUACGUUAUAAAAUAUAAACUUAUAAUUUAAAGAAAAAUUAAAAAUAUAUUGCUUACAUUAUAAUGGCCAUUCAUCACCAACUUAACUCUGCUCCCUUAUUCGCUUUGUUACAUGCAAAACUACUAAAUUUGUCAGGAGGUAUAAAGCCGGUUUUUCUGGAAAC